AUGUAUGGACAGCCGCCGCGCUUCCCUCAUGGCGGCAACCCUUAUGGGGCUCCGCCGUCAAGGCAGCAACAACCUCAGUAUCCAUCGAACCCAUAUCCGUUCAAUGGCAUGUCCCAAAACCCCGAUUUUCAUAGUCAAUAUCCUAAUCAAAGGUUUCAACCUCAAUCAUCGGCAUCGAAUUUAGUGAACGAUAAUAUACACCGUGCUGUUACAAACGCACAACACAACUUAAUAAACGCCAGAGAAAACGUGUCGGCAUGGAAGGUCUCUCAGGCUGCCCUGGUUUCCCUUCGAGUGGAAUCGUGGGAAGCAUUGGGAGUUCAUUUACAACAAAUACCUGCUCUUCACCACCUUAUACUGACAGAAGGAAAGGUCAAUGAUUUUAUCCAUUGCUUUGUAGCAGUCCAAGGUAUUACUUCCUUGUAUGAUUUGGAACAGUCUAUUUGCAAGAAUGAGGGUGUUCAAAACUUUGAAGAACUAAAACUGGGUCCUUUACUACGGCAUCCACUUGUAAUGCAUUACUUUUCUGCAAGUUGUAAUACGAAAGAGAUAGUAAAGAUAACAAGUGAAGAAGUAAUUUCUUGCCUUCGUGAGUUUUUGGAUACUCAAGAAGGUAUAGAAAUUAAGGUUGAAGAACUUUUGGAUUUUAUUGCCAUGAAGAAAUCAUUAUCUUGCAAAGAAAAUCUUACAAUUCGUGUGCAGAAUUUGGGGAAGUACAUCGUUCAUAUCCGUAGAGCUAUAAAAUUUGAGAAUGGUUCACUAGAGAAAAGUUUGAGCACGAAAACACAAAAAUGCCCUGUACCUGCUGACAUUUCGAGCACAGAAACACAAAAACGACCUCUAUCUGUGGAAAGUUUGAAGGAAUUAAAGCUGAAAGCAAACCAGAAAGGCCGAAAACGCCCCCUAUUUACAUCCAAUAAAAAGCAGAUUGAUCCUCGUUUAGAAGCGAGACUCAAAUCCUUUUCAUUGUCCAAUGAUAUUUUCACUGGGAAGCAUACAAGGUUUAUUUCAUCAAGUUCCGAGGAAGAUGAUAGUGAUUAUGAACAAUAUGAGGACAACACUCGCUGA